GGAGUUGCUUUAAAGUCGAAAUGAAGCAGCAAAAAUGUCAUGCCAAAGCAUUCAAACACACCAAACCACAAGCCCAAGUGCCCAAUGAGUGUGAUAUUAUGUGGAAUCCACAUUUUUUUUAAUUUCCUCUUACAACUGAUUCUUAACUAUUUAUGUCUCAUUCCCUCCGCAGAAGCGUAGACGGUAUUUCUUCCAUAAAUAUCAGACAAAUAAAUGUCGAUGUUUGGCGGCAUUUUCUCUGCUUUUCCGUUGUCACCUCUAUAUAUAUAAAUCCUUCCGCCCUUUCUCUCUCUCAUCCUUUCUCUCCUCUCGCUCAUCUUCCUUGAUCCUACACUCCCACUCUUCUCAACACCACUUUUCAAGAACCUCCACAAGGUUUGCUUCUCCUUCUUUCUUUUUUUCUUUCUUUUUUUUAGACAGAAAGAGAGAGAGAGAUAUGGCAUGGUGUGUCUGUUUUUGAGCACAUGCAAACAGUUAUUGGAAGAGAGAGAGAUGGAAGGCAUUGAGAAGAAUGCAGGGAAGAAGUUUGAGAAAAGCUACUUCGAUGUAUUGGGGCUUUGCUGUUCCUCUGAAGUCCCAAUGGUCGAAAAAAUUCUUAAUUCACUUGAUGGGAUCAAAGAUUUUUCAGUUGUUAUCCCUACCAAGACAUUGAUUGUUGUUCAUGACUCUCUCCUCAUUUCCCAGAUUCAAAUAGUUAAGGCGCUGAACGAGUCGAGGUUGGAAGCGAGCGUUAGAGUAUACGGCCAUGGCAGCAGCUACAAGAACAAAUGGCCGAGCCCCUAUGCUGUUGCCUGUGGUGCAUUGCUUGCUCUACAUUUUUUCAAGUAUGUGUAUAGCCCGUUUAGAUGGUUGGCCGUUGUGGCCAUUGUCGUUGGCAUCCCACCGGUUAUACUCAAGGCCGUUGCAGCAGUAAGGAACUGCAGACUUGAUAUCAACAUCCUUGUAUUGAUCACAGUUUCUGGAUCGGUUGCUCUCCGUGACUAUUGGGAAGCUGCGACUAUCGUGUUUCUGUUCACAAUAUCCGAGUGGCUGGAAUUGAGGGCAAGCCAUAAGGCCACUGCUGUUAUGUCAUCAUUAGUUAGCGUAGUACCUCAGAAAGCAGUCAUUGCUGAAACGGGAGAAGAAGUAAAUGCUGAUCAAGUUAAGAUGGGCACAGUGGUAGCUGUGAAGGCUGGCCACGUUAUACCCAUUGACGGAGUUGUGGUGGAUGGCAGCUGCGAUGUUGAUGAGAAAAUAAUGACCGGAGAAUCAUUUCCGGUGACAAAGCAAAAGGACUCGACCGUUUGGGGUAGCACGAUCAAUCUAAAUGGCUAUAUAAGCAUCAAAACCACGGCCGUGGCAGAAGAUUGCGUGGUGGCUAGAAUGGCAAAAAUCGUAGAAGAGGCUCAGAACAAGAAAUCGGGAACUCAAAGGUUCUUGGACAAGUGUGCUAAGUACUAUACUCCAGCCAUAGUUUUGGUAUCUGCUUCAUUAGCAAUAGUUCCUCUGGCAUUCCAUGUUGACAAUAAGAGAGAAUGGUACCACUUGGCUCUCGUUGUUUUGGUGAGCGGAUGUCCAUGCGCUCUUCUUCUUUCCACGCCCGUUGCCAUGUACUGUGCACUAUCAAAGGCAGCAACGCUAGGUGUUCUGUUCAAAGGAGCACAACAUCUGGAGACUCUUGCUAGGAUAAAGAUGAUGGCCUUCGACAAGACAGGGACGAUUACUAGGGGAGAAUUUCAGGUGGUGGAUUUCAAGCCCCUCCGGCCUGAUAUCAGCUUGGACGCGCUGCUAUAUUGGAUAUCGAGUAUUGAAAGCAAAUCGAGUCAUCCAAUGGCUGCUGCUGUGGUUGAGUUUGCAACAACACAUUCCAUUGAGCCAAAGCCGGAUAGAGUUGAGCAUUUUCAAAACUUUCCUGGUGAAGGGAUCUCUGGGAAAAUCGAGGAUAACGAAUUAUACGUUGGAAACAGGAGAAUUGCAUCAAGAGCAGGAUGUAGUGAAGUUCCCAAAUUACAAGGUUAUGAUACACAAGGAAAGUCUGUUGGUUAUGUCUUCUUGGGAUCGUCUCCUGUUGCCGUCUUCUGCCUUUCUGAUGUGUGUCGAACGGGAGCCAAGGAAGCAAUCGAGGAGCUCAAGUCGUUAGGCAUCAAAACCAUUAUGCUAACUGGAGAUUGUCAAGGAGCUGCCAAACGUGCACAAGAGCAGUUAGGGGGAAGUCUGGAGGUUAUACGAGCCGAGCUUCUACCAGAGGACAAAGCGAGUAUAAUCAAGGAGUUCCAGAAGGAGGGGCCAACGGCCAUGAUUGGUGACGGCCUCAACGACGCCCCUGCAUUAGCCACAGCAGAUAUUGGGAUAUCUAUGGGGAUAUCAGGCUCUGCACUCGCCACAGAAUCCGGGGACGUUGUCCUCAUGACAAAUGACAUUCAGCGCGUACCAAAGGCACUGCAUAUUGCAAAGAGGGUCAGACGUAAGAUCAUAGAGAAUGUGAUACUUUCAAUCUCGACAAAGGCUGCUAUAAUAGGAUUAGCCAUUGCUGGUCACCCCCUCGUUUGGGCUGCCGUGCUCUCUGAUGUCGGGACAUGCUUGUUAGUCAUCGGCAACAGCAUGCUACUGCUGAGAGGAACAUCAACUAAAUCUUGCAACUCUACCUCUCACUCACACAUCCAUAAACAGCCCAAGUCUUCUUGCUGUGAUGACAAAUCUCAGAAGCUCCAACCAUGCUCUUCCAACAAGUGUGCAUCAUCUGGUUCUACUAAAGAGCACGAUCACAACGCACAUAGCCAUCCCUGCAGUGGGGACAGAGUCAAGGAUCACGGAUGCUGUGACAAAGCUGAUCAUCAUGAUUUGGAAUCACAGAAUCAGCACAACCAUGGAGAUUCUUGUGGAACUAAGAAAUGCUCGAGCUCCAUCAAAGAGCACGCCCACAAUGCGCGUAGUGGAGACAGAAUCAAGGAUCACGAGUGUUGUGACAAAGUUGAUCAUCAUGAUUUGGAAUCACAGAAGCAGCACAGCCAUUCUGGAACUAAGAAAUGCCCGAGCUCCACGAAUGAGCACGCCCACAACGCGCAUGGUGGAGACAAAAUCAAGGACCACGAGUGCUGUGACAAAGUUGAUCAUCAUGAUUCGGAACCACAGCACAGCCAUUGUGGAACCAAGAAAUGCUCGAGCUCCAUGAAAGAGCACGCCCUCAUUGCGGUUUGUCAUCCAGAAAGUGAAGAUAGAGUAGAUGAUCACCAACACAAUCUCCAAAUGGAUCACAAGCACGCUUGUUCCAGCGCAGGCGGUGAGAACCAGCAUAACUGCAACACGGCGUCUAACAAACACUGCCUUGAAAGCCACUGUGUGCAUCACAAGGAUAAGAGUGAAGAUGAUGAUAGAGAGCAUUGUAAGGAGAGUUGCAAGAGUGCUGGUACGGUAGGCUGUGAGGAUAGUACUACGGGAUGCAACGGGCCUUCAAAGAAGGUGCACCGUGGAUGCUGCGAUAGCUACAGAAGAGAAUGCUGCAUCAGAAGUGGCCAUUUUGAGACUAACUUCAGAGGAGGCUUAUCAGAAAUAGUGAUUGAUUAGUGCCUUAAUGAUUUUAUGUAUGGUGAAAUAUUAUCGUGGUUUAGAUUGGGUGGGUAUAUAUCAAGAAUAAGACUUAGGAUGAUCUUCAACAACUGCUCAUCCAAAUAUUGUAAAAUGCUUAUUGGUUAAAGCUUUAAGUAUCUUCACCACAAGUUUUGUACUCA